AUGCCUUCAAAAGAGUUCAGGGGCAAUGAAAAGAUGCCAUUGCAGAAAUUCGAGGAGAAGGUUCAGCAGGAGUACAAUCUAAUUCCAAGUAGGAGCAAAUUGGGAAGGGCUAGAAGAGCAUCAGUAAAGCAGAUCAGAGGUGAGGAUGAUGACCAGUAUAAGAUGUUAUGGGAUUAUGGAGAGGAGUUGAGGCAAACAAACCCUGGCAGCAAGUUCUACCUUUGCACAAAGGAGAUUUUUGAUGAAAAGACCAAGGAGACAAAGGAACAUUUUUCAACUUUGUACUGGUCAUUGGAUGCAUGCAAGAGAGGCUGGUUGAUGGGGUGUAGGCCAAUAAUAUUUGUAGAUGGAUGUCACAUUAAGACCAGGUACAAAGGGAAUUUACUAACAGCUGUGGCUAUUGACCCCAAUGAUUGUAUUUUCCCCAUAGCAUUUGGGAUUGUGGAAGUGGAGUCCACUAGCAGCUGGGAGUGGUUUUUGGCUAGCCUAAAGGAUGAUCUCAAUAUAUGCAACACCUCUCCAUACACAAUCAUGAGUGAUAAGCAGAAGGGUCUUAUAGCUGCAGCUGCAAAGGUGUGGCCAGACGCUGAACACAAGUUUUGUGUCAGGCAUAUGUAUCAAAAUUUCCACAAGCUUCACAAGGGGGAACAACUAAAGAACAAUAUGUGGGCCAUUGCAAGGGCUACAGACACUCCAACAUACAACAAAGCAAUGGAGAAGAUGAAGGCAGACAGUGUGCCUGCAUACGAAUGGGUUGAGAAAUGGCCACCAAGAACAUGGAUUAAAGCUUUUUUUAAUCCUUUUCCAAAGUGUGACAUCCUGCUAAAUAACAUGUCUGAAGUAUUUAACAGUUGGAUUUUGCCAGCCAGAGAACUUCCUAUUUACUCGAUGGUUGAAAACAUAAACAGCAAGAUCACAGCAAGGAUAUACAGCAAGCAGAUGGAAGUUGCAGAAGAUAGGAAAUGGAGUAUGAGAUUGUGCCCAAAAAUUCAGAAAAAAUUGGACAAGUACACUGAUUGGGCUGCAAACUGCAUGGUCUUUGGAGCUGGUCAGAAGGUUUUCAAGGUUGUGUCAAUGAACCACUCCUACAUAGUGGACUUGGAAAUGGAAACCUGUAACUGCAAGAGAUGGGACUUGUCUGGCAUUCCAUGUCACCAUGCUAUUGCUUGUGCUAGAAAUGAGAGAAUUGACCCUGCAAGCCUAGUGCAUGAUUGUUAUUCAGUAGGGACAUACAAAAGGGCUUAUGCUUUUAAUGUAAAACCAGUGAGGGACCAGGAACAUUGGACUAAGAUGCAUGGCAUUGCUGUAUAUCCACCAGUGUACACUAAGGUAAUGGGGAGACCAAGGAGGAAUAGAAAGAAAGAUCCAGAGGAGAAGUUGAUGAAAGAAGGAGGGAAAAAGUUGACAAAGCAUGGUGUAACCAUGCACUGCUCCCUUUGUGGAAGUGCAGACCACAACAAGAAAGGACACAAGAAGUGGGAGGAGACCACAAGAGAUGCUCCUCAACCUGCAAAUGUUGCAGAUGAUGAAGAAGAAGAGUAUGAUGAUCCUAUAAUCAUUUCUAACAUACUGCCACACACAGUCCAUCCACACAUGGAUCCAAGUCAAACCCCAGGGUCCAUGGUUUCCUCAUGCAGCAAAUGGAGAGGAGAGCGUACCAACCAAGUAUGGAUCAUGGACCUCUUCCAGAAUCAACAUUUGUUGCACAAGCAAGAAAUGACAUACCCCCUCCUAGGGUUACGACUGCUAUGUCAAGAGGUAGGGUUAGAAGAAGAGGAGUCACUGAAGACAUUCCAGAAGAUGUACCACAGUCAAGCAACCAAGCUGGAAUUUCAAGAGGAAGAAAGAGAAGAUCCACUGGAGCUGGUGGAGCAGCAGCUGGCAGGGGAGGCAGAGGAUCUAGAGAAGCAACUGGUAGGGGAGGAAGAGGUUUUGGAGCUAGUGGAGCAUCUAGCAGGGGAGGCAGGGGAGCUAGGGGAGCGGCUGGCAGGAGAGGUAGAGGAUCUGUACAGCAGACAAGCAACCAAGCAGCUGGAAGAGGAGCAGGGGAAGCAUAUACUGGACCAGGUGCUGAGGAAGCAUAUACUGGACCAGGUGCUGGGUUCUGGAACCUUAUGUUUGGACCAAAUUCAGAGAGUUCCUAUGUGCAAGCUGAAGAGGAGCCAGUGA